UUAUUAUUAAAUUUGAGCUCAGCUUGUUGAGAGCUUCAAAAUAAGUAUAAUCACGACUAGAUUCCGUCAACUUUGAAAAUAGUUCGGUUUCACCACGAAAACCGUGGGUUACUGUAGGUGGUCGUGGUGAGACCAAAUUUUUUCCAAAUUUGGGCAUGAUUAUACUUAUUUUGAAGCUCUGAACUAGUUGAACUCAGUUUUGAAGUCAAAAAUUAGUAGAAACCGAUCUUUGAAGUAAUUUUUCGCUUCGAGACCCAAUUUUUGCAAAAUUUAAAAAUUCUUUAUUUUUCUAGAGGAGUUUGAAUACAGCUUCUUGUGAGCUUCAAAAUAAGUAUAAUCAUGCCUAGAAUCCGCCGAAUUUAAGUAAAGUUGGGUCUCGCCACGAAAGUCUUACUGUAGCUCUGAAUUUUCGUGGCGGGACCCAACUUUCUUCAAAUUUGGCAGAACCUAGGCAUUAUUAUACGCAUUUUGAAGCUCUCAGUAUGCUGAAUUUGAAAAUCUACUUUACUUCAUAAAAAUCCCAGUUUCGAAAAAAAUAUUUUGAAAACAAAAUUGCUCCUUUGUUUUCCCCAAGUUACCACCCGGUGAGAGGUGCCACUCAGUUUGACACGUUACUUAUUGAGUGGAAAUUGACGAGAAAAUUGAAGGAAAACAAUAAUAGGAAGUUAUGAUUUAUUUUAGUUUUUCUUCCCGGAAAAAAAAAAUUUCGAAAAAAUAUCAGAUUUUUUUGCCUCACCUCCUUCUUUUUCAAAAUUUCCCCAAUUUUUUUCUGAAUUUUUUAAAUUAUUUCUCCCGAUUCAGAACCAAUGCAUGGAUGAGAAAAUCGAGGAUCAGUCGUUUUUUGGCUCUUGGACACGUGAGCAGGUCGUUUCGUAUGUUAGCUUUGCCUACGUCAUCAUUUCCAUACUAAUGGUACUUCUCUGGUCCAUGUACCUUUGCAUAGACGGGCGACGGAACCCGAAAAAGGACACCCGGGUGAUCCAUAUGUUGGCGCAGAACGCAUUUUUUCGAAGUGUUCCUUGAUUUUUCCUGAUUUUUUUUUUGGUUUUUUCAACAUUCCUACAUCUCAUUGUUCACUUUUAUUGAAAUAUACAUAUAUUAUUUAAUAAAAAAAUUUUUGAAAUUUUUUUUUUGAAAACUUGAAAUUCAAAAAAAAAAUUUAAGAUCACGAAAUAAAUUUAUGGACCUGUGUUCUGUUUUGUAGGUUGUGUGUAUGAUAUUAAAAUUCAGAAAAAUGAAAAAAA